GCGGGAGCCGUCGCCAUGGUAGGGAUUCCCCGCGCAUUCUCAAUCCCUAGCGCCCAAUUUCCCGCCAAUAUAAGAUCCUUGCCUGCUCCGGCGAUAGCCGCAGCCCUGAGACCUCACAGGAUGCCGAGGAAAGCAGCUCGCGGCGCCACCGCCGCCAGCAAGAAAGCCGCGGCCGCCGUCAGCAAGAAAUCCGCGGCCGCCGUCGGCAAGAAAGCCGGGCCCAUCGCGACCAAGAAAGCCGCGCCGGCCGCUGGCAAGAAAGGAGCAGCGCCCGCCGCAAGCAAGUACUGGCUGCUGAAGACGGAGCCGGGGGAGUGGUCGUGGUCGGACCAGGCGGGCGCGCCGGGGGGCAUCGGGCCGUGGGACGGCGUCCGCAACCACCAGGCCAUGAACUACCUCCGCGCGAUGCGCCGCGGCGACCGCUGCCUCUUCUACCACUCGGGCGCCGGCGCCGCGUCGCGCCGCGUGGUGGGCGUCGUCGAGGUCGCCAGGGAGUGGUACGAGGGCGGGGAGGUGGAGGCGACGGCCGGCGGCGCCGUGGACGUGCGGGCCGUCGGGGAGUUCCAGAGGCCCGUGGGGCUCGGGGAGAUCAAGAAGGCGGCGGCGGCGGGGGAGGUGGAGGGGAUGAAGGACUUCGCGCUGAUCCGGCAGGCCCGGCUCUCGGUGAUGCCCGUGCCGGUGGAGGUCUGGGACUGGGUUUGUGAGAUGGGGGGUGGCUUUGUUCAGGAUGGGGAGGUGGGAGAACAUGAAGCAGAGGGUUGAUAUGCUCUGGACUCUGAAGAUGCAGGUGGCAUAAUGCUUUGGGAAGGAUCAUUCUGUGAUGUCUUUUGGCCUACAAGAGAUGGCAUUUCUGAGGAGCAUUUCAGUGACAUUUUGUGUAUCCUCUCUAGUGUUUGCCGUCUCUGCAUCAAGCGUGACCAAGUGUGUAUCCUCUAGCUAGUACUCCUAAUUAUAAGUUCAGUGGUCGAUGUUGGCAUGUUGCAAGGACGGUUGGGUCAUAUGAUGUUGUCUGUGGCUGUAUGGAUAUGCUGUUCAUGGAGUUUUCGAGCAGUUGGUUUCAUGCCGUGGAUGGGAUGCCAUGACACUGAACGGCCUCA